AUGGCAAAAGGUCUUCGUAGCAAAUCGAAACGUCAUUUUCGUGCCAUUAAACACAAAACCGUAGACACUUCAACAACAGCGGCGGUUGCAAACGCUUUGAUCAAUAACAACAACGAAUCUAGUUCAACUUCGUCUCCGUUAAUUGAAGUUGAAAUGACCGAUUCGAAGAAAAAAACGUCGUCCUCAAAGAAAAACAAAAAGUUAACAGGUUCGUUAUUAUACUCCGUUCUUGGUCUAUUAGACCCAGACGAGAUAUCUGUGACGAACACUGCUCUUAGUCCUUUGGAACUUCUUUAUGCAUUAAUUGAUGUUGAAGAAUUUCCUCUUUACGAAAAGUGA